AUGUCCGACGCUCCGCGCUGGACGACGCCGGAGAACGUGGCCCUGAUCGCCGCUCUGCGCGAGAAUUUGAGAGCAGAGCACCGCAUCGACACGAGCUCUGACCCUCGGCUGUGGCUCACGGGCGACGUGAGGCUGCUGCGCUUUCUCGAGGGGCACGGCUGCGACCCGGCUGCCGCCGGCGCCGCCUUUGCUGCGAUGAUGGCAGAGAGAAAGUCGGCACACUGCGACGCGGACGAGAUCGCAGGUCGGCUCGUUGCGGCCGCCGCGCGCUUUCCGGGCGAGGAGAUGUCCUUCAACAAGUACCUGGAGGUUGCAGUCGACUCAGACGUCGCGCUCGUGCGCCGCGUCCGCGCGGCGCUGCCGGCGGUGGAGCAGUUUGCCGACACGCGGGACAAGCUCGACCUGAGCGACGUCCUCUUCUUUGGCAAGGCGGACGUGGCAAUGCUGCUCGCGCCAGAGCUGGGCGAGGCGGGGCUCGCGCAGUACUACACCCUCGUGCUGGAGCACAGGUCGAUGCUGCUCGACAGCCGCUCGCGGCGCAGCGGCCAGAUGGCCAAGCUGCUGAUGAUCCGCGACUUUGAGGGCCUCUCGCUCGGCAUGCUGCAGCCGAGGGCGAUGCGCGUGGUGAGCGCGCGCCUCGGCUGGAUCCAGCGCUGCUUCCCCGAGUUUGCGCGCGCCAUCCUGCUCGUCAACACGCCGUGGGCCUUCGCCGCGGCGUGGAGGAUGGUCUCGGGCCUGCUCAACGCGAGGACCAAGGAGCGCGUGCAGGCCUUCUCCGCCAAGGAGCUGCCGGAGGCCAGGGCGCGGCUGCUCGAGUUUGUGGACGCGAGCGUGCUGCCCAAGCGGUGGGGCGGCGAAGCCGACGACGCCUGCUGCCUCCCGCCCAUACCCUAG